GGUACGAAACAAAAGCGAGAACGGAAAAAGACUGUGUCAUUUAGCAGUAUGCCAACUGAGAAAAAGAUCAGCAGUGCAAGUGACUGUAUAAAUGCGAUGGUUGAAGGCUCUGAACUCAAAAAGAUUCGAUCCAACUGUAGGGUGUAUCACCGAUAUUUUCUUUUAGAUGCGGAUAUGCAGUCUCUACGCUGGGAACCUUCAAAAAAGGAUUCUGAAAAAGCAAAGAUUGAUAUCAAAUCAAUCAAGGAAGUAAGAACAGGAAAAAAUACGGAUAUUUUUCGCAGCAAUGGAAUAUAUGACCAGAUAUCAGAAGACUGUGCAUUUUCAAUUAUAUAUGGUGAAAACUAUGAGUCACUAGAUCUUGUUGCUAACUCAGCAGACAUUGCAAAUAUUUGGGUUACUGGCUUAAGGUACCUGAUUUCUUAUGGAAAACAUACUCUAGAUAUGAUAGAAAGUACUCAGGAUAAUAUGCGGACUUCAUGGCUUUCACAAAUGUUCAGUGAAUCAGAUGUAGAUAAUUUGGGACAUAUACCCCUGUGUAAUGCUGUACAGUUUAUAAAAGACUUAAAUCCUGGUUUAAAAACUAAUAAAAUAGAACUAAAAUUCAAGGAGUUACAUAGAUCCAAGGAAAAAACUGGUACUGAAGUAGCAAAAGAAGAGUUUAUUGAAGUUUUUCAUGAACUUUGUACCAGACCUGAAAUCUAUUUCCUGUUGGUUCAGUUUUCGAGCAAUAAAGAAUUCCUAGACACCAAGGACUUGAUGAUGUUUUUAGAAGCAGAACAGGGUAUGGCACACGUCACGGAAGAAAUAAGCCUUGAAAUUAUUCAGAAAUAUGAGCCAGCCAAAGAGGGCCAGGAAAAGGGUUGUCUCUCUAUAGAUGGGUUUACGAAUUACCUUACUUCGCCGGACUGCCACAUAUUUGAUCCAGAACAUAAAAAAGUUUGUCAAGACAUGAAACAACCUUUAUCUCAUUAUUUUAUAAAUUCAUCUCAUAAUACAUACUUGAUAGAGGAUCAGUUUCGAGGGCCUUCUGACAUCACAGGUUACAUUCGCGCUCUCAAAAUGGGUUGUCGAAGCGUUGAACUGGAUGUGUGGGAUGGUCCGGAUAAUGAGCCUGUGAUUUACACGGGGCAUACAAUGACGUCGCAGAUUGUCUUCCGUAGUGUCAUUGAUAUUAUUAACAAGUAUGCUUUUUUUGCUUCGGAAUACCCUCUUAUUUUGUGUUUAGAAAAUCAUUGUUCUAUUAAGCAGCAGAAAGUGAUGGUACAACAUAUGAAGAAAAUUUUGGGGGAAAAACUACAUACACAGUCUCCAAACAUUGAAGAGUCUUAUCUUCCAUCACCAGAAUCACUUAAAGGGAAAAUACUAAUUAAAGCAAAGAAGCUUUCGUCUAAUUGUUCCGGACUAGAGGGAGAUGUUACAGAUGAAGAUGAAGGCGCAGAAAUGUCACAGAGAGUGGGGAAGGAGGGGGUAGAACAGCAAAACUCGAUGACGGGGAAACGAUUUCAGCUCUGCAAAGAGCUCUCCGAGUUGGUUAGCAUAUGUAAGUCAGUUCAGUUCAAAGAGUUUCAAGUUUCAUUUCAGCUCCAGAAGUACUGGGAAGUGUGCUCAUUUAAUGAAGUGCUUGCUAGCAAGUAUGCGAAUGAAAACCCAGGAGACUUUGUAAAUUAUAACAAACGUUUUCUUGCCAGAGUUUUCCCCAGUCCUAUGAGGAUUGACUCUAGUAAUAUGAAUCCCCAGGACUUCUGGAAAUGUGGUUGUCAGAUAGUAGCAAUGAACUUUCAAACGCCUGGCUUAAUGAUGGAUCUUAACAUUGGGUGGUUUCGACAAAAUGGAAACUGUGGCUAUGUCCUUCGUCCUGCCAUUAUGAGAGAAGAAGUUUCCUUCUUUAGCGCGAAUACAAAAGACACUGUGCCUGGAGUUUCACCUCAGCUGCUUCAUAUUAAAAUCAUAAGUGGGCAAAACUUUCCAAAACCCAAAGGAUCAGGUGCCAAAGGUGAUGUUGUGGAUCCUUAUGUCUAUGUUGAAAUACACGGAAUCCCUGCUGACUGUGCAGAGCAAAGGACGAAAACUAUGCAUCAGAAUGGAGAUAAUCCAAUUUUUGAUGAAAGUUUUGAAUUUCAAAUAAAUUUACCAGAACUAGCUAUGGUGCGUUUUGUAGUACUGGAUGAUGAUUACAUUGGGGAUGAGUUUAUCGGGCAAUACACUAUUCCUUUUGAGUGUCUACAGACUGGUUAUCGGCACGUUCCUCUGCAAUCUUUAACUGGUGAAAUGUUAGCACAUGCUUCCUUGUUUGUGCAUGUGGCCAUUACUAAUCGGAGGGGUGGUGGGAAACCUCAUAAGCGGGGUCUCUCUGUGAGGAAGGGCAAGAAAUCAAGGGAAUAUGCUUCUAUGAGAACAUUAUGGAUUAAAACAGUAGAUGAAGUGUUCAAGAAUGCUCUCCUACCUAUUCGGGAUGCUACGGAUUUGAGAGAAAAUAUGCAG